CUCACUGGAAACUUAACAAAAUUUCCCUCGUCGUCUCCACUCUCACAAGUCGCCGCCGGUACGAAUCUGAGAAGUGUGUACUUUUUCUCACCAAUGGCGGCUUACUGUCAUCAACGCGAUUUCAUGUUCUGUGAAAGGUGCCAAACUAUGCUCUCUUUCAAUUCACCCAAGAAGGCGCGCUGCCCGCUCUGCAAAUUUAAGAAACCUAUACAGGAUAUGCUUGAAUGUGAGAUAAGCUAUACAAUCAGUGCAGAGGCUAUUAGAAAGGAGUUGGGCAUAUCUUCAUAUGAUGAUGCUGAAGCAGAGAAGGAACUGAAACAGAUGGAUUAUAAUGCAAAAUGUAAAGCAUGUCAGCACUUGGGUCUGGCAUAUGUUGCCAGACAGAUUAGGUCUGCAGAUGAAGGCCAGACUAUUUUCUACACAUGCCCUAUGUGCGGAAACAAACAGACAGAGAAUUCAUAGAUGUAAGAUGUUCAAGUGUAAUCUAUCAAAAACCAAUCUUGAAAAUUUUUAUGUUUUUAAAGGCUUAGUUAUUUGCUAUUUUGCUCUUGUUAACGGAUUGCCUUAUGUGUUGCAUGUUUUGGAUACUUGCACUUUUGAGGGAAUAGGAAAUCUUAUUUCAUAGGGAAUGGAAUAAGCAUUAUUGAUGGAUUUGUAGAAAUAGAUUUCAGGAAUU